AUGAAUCGCAGUCCACUCAAACGCGUGGGCACUGGCUCCACGACCAUCCACCUCGACGAGAUGGCAAAGCAAUACAGCCAGGCGCGGGACCAUUUCAUCCAACUGAUACUUCCUCGAUUCGAGCGGCGGAAUGCAGAUCAGAGGAAGUUCUACUUGGUGAAGUCCAUAAUCAAAUAUCUCCGCGAGACGGGGCCGCAACAGGAUCCUAUACUCAGAGGAUGGACGUCGGCCUUUGACCGUCUUUGGAAGUCCUCGUUCUACAUGAUAGACGUCAGCCCGCCACAGCUGACGGCAACCGAGCUUGCUCCUCGCAUCACAUUGUUCCUCAUACUAGUCUAUCUAAACUGUCCGGAGGAAAUAGUCCGCUUUCGAGAUGGUGCCAUCGACGAUAGGGCCUUGCCGUUCACCAAGGAAAUUCUCGAGAACGCCGUUUCCGCACACCACUCAUAUUCCAGGCUACGUGGCGAUAUCGAACGUGACCUCUUCAUACGGGCAUUCCUCAGAGAACAAAACCCCUGGUGUGCCAUACAGCUCACGAUGGGCAUGGAGAAAAUCCACAAUGGCUCCCGCAUCUUUCCUUUCUAUGCCACGGAUCUCCAUGAAAAGUCCUCACUGAGGGUAAGCCCACACAACGCUACAAUAUGGCUUGUGGAUAUCCCAGAGGAUUUUGUCGAUGAGAACUUGAAAAAAGCGAUUCCCCAUGCGCGUAGGAAAGUGCCGUGGAAAGGGCCAGCAUUUGAUAAACAAACGUCACAAGACGAUCCUACAGAAGACAUCUUCCGGGUCGUAGUCAAGAAGUUCCCGAAGGAUAGAGUCGACGCCUUCAGGAAAGAACGAGAUGCCCAGAGAGCCUUCGCUGGGAUUGAAGGAGUUAUCAGAUACCUCGGGUCGAUCAAAUAUACUCACUCGACCCAAUAUUUUAACCGCAAUCCCCGCUCACCGUCGCUCUUCGACGCAGAGUGUUCCUGUCUCCUACUCGAGCUAGGAAAUAGUGACCUUAACAGAGUCUUCAUGGAAGAACUGCCACCCAAUCUACCCAAGGAGAUAAGCACCUGGUGGGAGAGGUUGGGGAAUCUACUUCAAGCCUUGGCACGGAUUCACGAAUUCCAGAUUGACGGAGUGCAGUAUCACGGAUGGCAUGGUGAUAUAAAGCCAGAGAAUAUCCUUUUCGUUCAAGGUGUUUACAAGCUGUGCGAUCAGGGAGAAGCUUUGAUACGCCGAGCUACGAGCACGGAAGAAAGGAUACAGCCGCCGCGGGCACCAGCACACGGUGGUACGCGAGCCUAUGGGGCACCCGAAAAAUCCGCGUACCUGAACGCCAACGGUCAGGCCAUGGAGAACAAAGUGCUCCAGACUAGCGACGUUUGGUCUUUGGGUUGUGUUUUUUCCGUGGCUGCUUCUUUUGUCGUUUUGGGAGAGCAGGGCGUGGUCCUCUACAAAAAAGUGAGAAAAGCUGCUCUUGAAAAAUACAAGGGCAAUGCAGCGGACAGUUACGCCUUUCAUAACGGUUCUACGGUCUUGCCCGAAGUCUUGGAAUGGCACAAGUAUCUUCGCUGCAUCCAUCGGCAGAGUGACGGCGUCACAGGUAAGAUCCUCGACGUGGUCGAGAGUAAGAUGCUCCAGCCUGAGGGAAAUAGAGCCACCGCAAAAGAGGUCCUUGCAUGCUUUCAGGAGAUACUGAGCAACUACACACACACGCCGGGAUCGGGAGAAUUCCCCGAAAUCGUCAGGUAUCUGCAGAAAUUUGACAUCAAGGCCGAGCUAGAAACGCAGCAAGAGCCCACACAGAACGAUAGUGGAAAGGACGGCGGUGCAGGGAUAUGCCUCAACGGAAGUGGUGGGGAGCGAGGGUUCGGGAGCUCGGAAGAUCUUCUCAACAUGCGAGAGCUUCACCCGACUUCGCAGCGAAACACCGUCAGGCCCAUGUCGGUCGUAUACGAAAGCGACGGCAUUAGCAAUAUCAGAAGGGUCUACAGUGGUCCCCGUAGUGGAAGAGCGAACACUCACGGGGCAAACAUACAAAGGCUGAAAACCAUGCAGAAUAGACGUUCGGUGCUGGCAGCGAUCGAGAUACAAGCUGAGACUAUUGAUGGCCAGCCAGCUUUGACGUCAGACGUGCGAAAUUGGUGUGAGGUUGAGGAUGAGCUGAAAAGGAACUUCAAGGAAAGAGAUCUAAAGACCAUAUAUAAGGGAGUUUCCGAAGCGAAGACUCUGAAACAGACUGGCCGAGCACUUCUAAGGAGGGGGGAGGCCCCAGUGAAAGGUAAAGCCUCUGGGGAUGAUGCACUGGCAGGCCAUUUUGAUAACCGUGAUCUGGUUUUCCUUGUGGACAACGGAUCUUCCAUGAGGAGACACUGGAAUGAAGCCACCUACGUCUUAAGGGUGCUUGUGUGGCGCGCCCUUGGGUAUGACGAGGACGGCCUGGAGCUAUACUUCACCAAUCCCGGGCCGAAAGUCGUCCAAAGCAAAACGCAGGUCGUGGCUCAAUUUGAGAACGCAAUGGAGAAAGCCAGGGCUAAAGAUGAUCGGCGCAAAACAGACAUUGUCCAAGCACUGAAAUCUAUUCUAGACAAUGGGCCCACUGAAGCGAAACACCGGCAAGGGCCAGGGACAAAAAUUCGCAAGAAGACGAUCAUUACCCUGACGGAUGGCAUCUGGGAAAACUCGACGGAGGAGAGGGUAAAGUAUUUCUUCAAAGAUCAAUUCCGCCGUCUUCAGAUGUCCUACGGCCAGUUAGAUUCUAGGCCAGAUGACCGAUCUCUCCGGCAACUAGACGAGGAGAGGCCGAUUAGCUUUCAAUUUGUCCGCUUCGGACAUAACCCGGAAGCGGUCGCAAGGCUGAACCGUCUCGACGAUGAAUUGAAGGAUGAAACUGGGGUGAAAACAAAGUACGACAGCUAUGGCGAGCCACUCUCAGCAUUCCUCAGGCUGGCCAACUUCGGCCAGCUGCCAAGCGCUCGGUACGGGCGGUAUCACCUUCCCUUGAUGAUGACGCACCAAGCGCGAAACUAUGCAGUAGCUGCGAUCACGAUCAAGGUCCCGCAGAUGGCUGAGUCCAUCUCCGAAGGGACAUUAAAACAGUUCACCAGGCUGGUAGGGGAUUUCGUGGAGCAGGAUGAGGAGAUUGCAACAAUUGAGACUGAUAAGAUCGAUGUGGUAGUUAAUACCCCCGAAGCUGGAGUAAUCAAAGAGCUCCUUGUGAAUGAGGAGGAUAUAGUAAUCGUUGGCCAAGAUCUUGCUCGUCUCGAGUUGGGAUGCAGCAGCGAUGGCUCCAGGGCCACCCCGCCAAAGCAACCAGAGAGUGAUUCUUGCGGACGGCAAGGUGGCAAGGAAGCAAAAGAGCCCACUCCUCCCAGCUCCCCAACAUCCCCACUCAGCAAUCCAUCCAAAGCCAUGGCAAGUGGUACCCCUGGGUCUUGCGAGGAUCGCCAUUUAAUUGUAGAACUGGGAAAGAAGGCCCGAGAUGGGAAGCUUACAAUUGAGGAUAUGGCUGGUGGUACCUUCACGAUCAGUAAUGGUGGGACCUUUGGCUCUUUGAUGAGUACACCAAUCAUUAAUCUCCCACAGACGGCUGUCCUUGGCCUGCACGCUAUCAAAGAACGGGCUGUUGCUAUUAACGGAAAGGUCGAAGUGAGGCCAAUGAUGUACUUGGCCUUAACAUAUGACCACCGUCUCCUAGAUGGCAGGGAGGCUGUUUAA